AUGCCGUCGAUUGUAUAUGGUAUAUCAGUAUGGGGAGGCCUCACAAAUAAGGAAGGUUUUAAGGCAUUAGAAGCACUGCAUUGUAGAGCUGCGAGAAUUAUCUUUGAGCUACCUUGGGAGAUAUCUAAUGCAGAUGUUAUGAAAAAGGCUAAUUGGUCUUCUUUAGCCUUUAUGUAUAAAAUUAGCUUAGCUAAGCUUAUGUAUAAAAUCCACAAUAACCUGACUCCAGACGCUAUGUCAGCUAUUAUUAAGAACAAUGAUAACAUCAAGCGAUAUCAACUUAGGAAGAAACUGAAAAUUGAUGUCCCUCGUUUUAAC